AUGUCUCCCCGCUCCUUGCUUGACGUCUCCCUCGCGCUGAGGGACAAGAUCGAUACCUUUCUCGCCCACGAGGCCGACUCGCCGAUCCUCCGCCGUGUCCAGGCCCAGCUGCGCAUCUCCAUUGCCGUUGUCGACGAAGCGCUGGCCAAGUACCGACCCGAAGAAAUUGCGCUCUCUUAUAAUGGCGGAAAGGACUGUCUUGUCCUCUUGGUUGUGAUUCUCGCUCGAUACGCCGUCUCAUCUGCCGCAAACCCUAACAAUAGCACUGCCACUUCGAACGGCACCGUCAAGUCAUCGCAUACCCCCGAAAAAUUGCAAUCCGUAUAUAUCGUUCCCCCGCACCCAUUUCCCGAAGUUGAUGAGUUUGUCGCCUCGUCGGGCGCAGAAUACCACCUCGACAUAGACCGAUAUAGUUUGCCCAUGAAAGAAGGGUUGGAAGCAUAUUUGGCCGAUAGACCGAGCGUCAAAGCCGUGUUUGUUGGCACGCGAAGAACAGAUCCACAUGGGGAGAAGCUGUCGCAUUUUGAUCCCACGGAUGCUGGAUGGCCGGCGUUUAUGCGGAUACACCCGGUGAUUGACUGGCAUUAUGCGGAAAUCUGGGCUUUUAUUCGACACUUGCAAAUCCCGUACUGUCCUUUAUACGACCAGGGCUAUACAAGUCUCGGCGGAAUACGCGAUACUCACCCCAAUCCUCAACUCAAGACACAAGGCGAGAACGGAAAGGAAUUUCGGCCGGCCUACGAGCUAACGGAAGACGACGAAGAACGGCUCGGUCGAGACAGGUGA